UCGCGACAGAUGUCAUGUGAGGAAAGAAGGAUGCCACUGCUCUGGCGCAGGCUUGGCUGCGAAGGUUGAAGUCCCUUUACAUCAAGCUCGCUGACAUCACCGCUUUCGUCACAGAAGCUGCCAUUUCGAACGUUUCUGCGAUGGAGGUGUUCCAGAAGGAUGAGAGUGUCAAGCACAUCUUCUGGAUUCCUUGUGUGGCGCAUGUCAUGCACCUCAUCCUUGAGGACAUCGGCGGCAUUCAGUGGGUGGCGACCCGCAUUGCUCAGGCGCGUUUGGUCACAAAGUUUUUCAAGCGUCAUAGCCACGCUCGCGAAGUUUUGCAAGCUUUCACGACGAUGGCUCUGCUACUUCCCACCGAGACUCGCUUCGGUACGCAUGUGAUUAUGAUGCGACGACUUCUUCUGCUGCAAUCGCAUCUUAUGCAGGUGGUCGUUGAURAUCGAUGGAAGGACACUGUUUGGUCAACGAAGAAGAUUCAAGACGACGCUGCGGAGGUCACAACAUGUGUCGGUUGUCCUCAGUGGUGGGAGGAUAUGAAAGCGUUGUACAAGUUGUUGGAUCCCAUCAUGGACAUGCUGCAGAUGGUGGACAGCGACACAAGGCAGAUUGGCAAGAUUUUGCGUCAGUACGACGGGAUGAUCGUGCGUUGUUUGUCUGCAUGUGCUGCUUUGGAGAAGGACGAGCAGGAUGCGCUGCUUGAAGUGUUUGACAGACGCCGCAUCAUGUUCAAGUCGCCUGCUCAUGUUGCUGCCAUGAUGUUGGACCCCGAGUUUCGAGACCGCACGAUGCCAGAYGACGAGGAGAUGCAGCACGGUUUGAAACUCGCUCUGAUUCAGUUUGGGUACCCGAAAUAUUCGGAUCAGCACAACGAGGUCCUCACUGCCAUUGACAAGUUUCAUUCCAGGGAGCCACCGUUCGACGACGUGGCCAUGGACCGGGCAGCGAGGAGCUAUACCCAUCCAGCAUGUUUCUGGGAGUCGAAGGAGAAGAGGUUACCGCACACGGCCUUCUUCGCUGGCAGGAUACUGCGUGUGUGGGCGACUGCAUCGCCUUGCGGGAGAGCUUGGUCCCGUUGGAGUUUCAUCCACUCUAAAUCUCGUAACAGAUUGGAGGUGACGCGGGCCGAGAAGCUCGUGCGAUGCCAUUGGAACCUUCGGCUCCUCGACAGGCAGGCUAUGUCGGACGAUGCUCCCAGUGACAGGCCACAUCCGUAUGGGAGCUGGGUGCACUACUGGCAGCAGGUGGAGGAGGAGGUGCCCACCGACCAGCGGCUGGUGGCAGACCGAGGAGCCCGUGUGACGGUCACGAAGGAGUUGAUGCAGGCGAGAGUGAGGAUGCGCGCUGUGUCCCGCAUGGGAGCCACUUGUCGCUUGCGGGAGUUUGAAAGGAGGAGGUGUCGUAGCAGCGGUCGCGGAGGUGGUCGUUGGGGCGGUCGUGGGCGAGGCGGGCGUGGAGGUCCUGACGGGAGGCGUAGUGUUGCGAGUCGUGGAAGGGCAGCGGACGAGCUAGUACGCAAGCCUCGACAGCGAUGGGAUGAGGGAGACUUUUUGUACGAGAGCUCGUCCAGCGAUGACGAGGAUUUCUUCGGGACUGGCAGGCCUGCACAGGAUGGCGACAGCGAUUUCGACGACCGUGGGUUUGGCGUGGACGACGACGAUAGCGCCAGUGGCGAUGAUCACGGUGACGGAGGAGACAGGCCACGACCUGCACAUGGUGACACAAUGCGCGACGACGGGGCAGGGGGCGAGCACCGCACAGCAGUAGAUGACGCUCGGGAUGGAGUGGAUGAUGAUGCUCGAGAUGGAGUGGAUGAUGGUUCACGACCUGUCUCGGGCGGUGACCUGAGGCGCUUGAAACGCGGAUCAAGGGAAAAAAACACUAUCGCUUCACGUGUGCGCAAACGUCAUGGUGGGGUUGCUAGCGUUCCACUACCACAAGUCCCCGCAAUUGAGCACAUUCCAGUUUCUGAGGACUCUUUCAGCGAUCACGGCGGCAAGGAGCGGAUCGAGCUGCAUGGCGGGAGCGGUCAUCCACGAGGGAGAGAUCGGUCCUCUCCCGGCAAUGCGGGACGAGGGUUCAGGGCGAGUCUUUCUCGGGCAAGGAAGAAGGCCUCGGCAAGGAAGGCGUCACAUUCAUCCUCACAUAUGCGUUCCCGAGAGAGAGGAUCGGGUGUUGUGCAUCUCGAGGACGGAGAGAUUGCACCUGACGGCGACGCAUUGGAURUUGGAGGGAGGGAUGCAACGACGGCGGAUAUCGUCGGCAGGGAGGGCACAGGGGAUGCAGUAGCAGGUCAGAAGAGACGCGGCAGUGUACUUAUCGUCCACGACGACAACAUGGAUGUCGCCCCGGGAGAGAUCACAGGCACUGAUGAUGCAGGGGACGCCGAUUACAUACCCAGAUCACAGGCGGCGGAUGGAGAUGAUGGAGGAGGGCGACGAGUGAGACCGAGGACACGACUCGGGCCGCAAGGGCAGCGAGCACACGGCACACCAUCGGCGAUGAUUCCUUCCCCCAUAGAUCGGCGAGCUCAGGUGCAGCGUUUGCUGCGCAAAAUGGAGGCCACUCUUCAACAGACACACGGGUUAUCGCUUGCCAGGUACGACGAGAAAGAGGGAGAAUGGCAGAUCGCCACAGAUGUGUCCUUCAGAAUCCCAAGGAUUGAGAGAGGACAAAACGUCGCCAGUAUUCUUCAAGAAAAGGUAACAGAGGGGUACCCACUGGGUGUGUACGAAACAGUUGCCCUGGACGAUGGUCACGAGGACAGAUCCUCCCAAGCUCGCCAGGUGGACCAGCAGGACCAUCAUAUGGACCUAGAGAGACACUCCCCUCACACCUUCUCCCUCCUGAUUGCAAGACUAUCAGAGGAAACCAAGCUGAGUGGGAUGAUGUGGAGACGAUGGAGAACCGCAACAGCGAUUCCAUACAGCAUGCUGGCAGGACCUGACAUUCUAGUGGAACUGUUGGCGGUCUCGGUGGCACACCUCUUGACUUCUGGGAUUCUGAAGGGUGACAGCGAUCUGGACUCGAGGGCGUUCCCCAUAGAUCUGGACAGAUAUUAUAGAAGCGAUUGCUCCAAAAGUGAUAUGGAGGAGUGGCAAGAUGAGGACGAGGGAGUAGGAUCGAAAUCAGCCCUUGUCCUGGGACAGGGAACCGGUAGAAGCGUGGGGGAAUAUAAGCUAGAUGAUUAUGUCACCACGGCGCAACAGGACCCGCCGAGUGAUGCGUCAAAAGAGACGGAUGCAAACGAUCAGGCCCCCUCCUAGGCUGUCUACCACUAUGAUUGUACCCUUGCCUCUUCCCGUAGCCUCAAUGAUGGAGAUUUUUAGAAAGGGGGCAAACGCAAAGGAAGACCAGGUGAACUGGAAGACACAAGGGAUAGUCAUUAGGAGCUGGAACAUUAAUGGUCUCGAAAAUAUUAUCGACAAAGAAGAAAAAAUGAAUGACUUGAUCAAAGGACUUGCCGUUCACACAAAAAAAAUGUCAGAUAUCAUAUUGCUGCAAGAAACUUGUCUCACCUUCUCAGCAAAACACAACAAAAUUUGAGAACUCUU